UCAUAAAUAAACUUACUAUGGCGGAAGCUGCUGCGCAAAGUAAUGCCUUCUUCCAAGCUGGCUUUGAAACUUCUUCGACGACGAUGACGUUCGCUCUGUACGAAUUAGCUCAACAUCAAGACAUACAAGAUAAAGUUCAUAAAGAAAUUGACGAAAUAUUAUCAAAGUACAACGAUAUGACUUACGAUGCUAUAAACGAAAUGACGUAUCUUCACAUGGUAAUAAAUGAGACUAUAAGAAAGUAUCCAGCUAUUCCUAUUUUGAAUCGUAUCUGUACCAAGGAAAUAAACUUACCGACAACAAACAUUCGCGUGCCAAAAGGCACAUCAAUAACUAUACCGAUACUUGGACUACAUCUGGAUCCAUCAAUUUAUCCAGACCCAGAUAAAUUUGAUCCGGAACGAUUCAACACAGAGGAGAUAGCAAAAAGACACCCUUACGCUUAUUUACCAUUCGGGGAAGGCCCACAUAAAUGCAUUG